AUGAUUAGAUCGCAACAUUUGGUUAAAUCAAUUAUCAAUUAUAUUCUGCAUAGACGGAACAUAGCCACGUUUAAGAUAGAAUCUGUCACAUGUGUUGAUCCUUUGCACCAAGGUUUAUCAGUACCAUUGAUUGGCAGAUCAAAUGUCGGCAAAUCAUCACUUUAUAAUGCUUUACUGCGCAAAAGCUCAUCUAAAUACGUUUCAAGUGAUCUUUCCAUAGUUUCAAGCAUUAGAAACACUACAAGGGAUUUGAAUCACUCAAUAGUUGACUUCUACGGGAAGAAAUGCGUACUCUUCGACACUGGAGGGUUGGGGUUCGAUGAUCAGAAUGGGCUUAUGACUAGUAUAUGGGAUAGAGUUAAAAAUUUGAUUUCAAAAUCACAUGUAGUACUGUUGGUUUUGGAUGGACAAGAGGGGGUUACGCCCUUGGAUUUUGAAAUUGCACAAUUUGUCGCCAAAUGGACCAAACAGGAUAUUAAUAAUAAUGUACCAAAGACUGUAAUACCAGUUAUAAAUAAAAUAACAGAUGAUGAUAGUGAUUGGGAUUGCAUAGGCGAAUCGUAUGAAUUAGGUCUGGGUGAACCAAUUAAAGUUUGCAGCAUAACUUUAAAGGGCAUUGAAGAACUAAAACUUACAAUUUCUAAUCAUUUAAAAAGUUGCGGUGAUGAUCUGUUCACUUCAAUGAACGUGCUUUACAAUAAGGGGGUUGAUUUCAACACUUUCCUUAUUGAACGGAAGAAACGUGUUAAAUUUACAUACGAAAAGACUCUAUUUAGUUUACAAGAUGCCACUAUACGUGCAACACAACCCAUUGAAAUAGUACCAAAAGUCACUGAGCCCUGGUUUAGGUGCAUGAACAGAAUUUUUGGGGAAAACUGGAGCUAUGAGCUCAAUUUACCUCAUCACACAAUCACUACAACUAAUACCAAUACAGAUAAUAAUGAAUUUGAUUCAACGCAAUCCGAUUUUAAAUUAGACAACAAUUCCAACACCAGGAUUUCUAGUCAUGAAUCUACCGAGAAAAUAAAUGCUACCGAGUGUAAUGAUAUUGAGGAGGAAUAUUUCAAGCACAAAAAACACCAGCACAUCCCACCAGUGAUUAGAGUUUCUGUUGUAGGCUCUAGAGGCACUGGUAAAUCUUCCCUAAUUAACGCAAUAUCUAACACCAAUAUCAGAAUGAUAGGUGAAAAAUUUACCACCACAGACUCUGGGAAUGUUUUGUUACGUGUAGCAAUCAAGUUUCUUACUAAAGAUGCAACAGAAGUUGACGAAUUCGUGGAAUUAAUAGACACCGCUCCUUUCAAUUUAUCAUCCCAGCUAGGGAGGGAAUCCACGCUUAAGAGUGUAAAAUUAAUUUGCGCCUCUCACAUUUGCAUACUAUGUCUUAACAAAAGUUUACCAACUAGGAAGGAGAUGAAACUGGCCAGGAAUAUAAUGAAAUUGGGCAAAUCGCUAAUUAUUUCAGUGACACAUUCGGAUGAGUUUACAAAAUUGUAUGAGAGAACUAAACUUAAGGAUGAAAUUCAAUUAAAGCUAAAAGACAUCCCUGUGCUAUUUACCAGUAGUAACGGAUUGAACUGCCAAAGGCUGUUAAAGAAAAUAAUAGUGACGUUCCUUGAAUGCUGCAAAAGGGUACCUAAUCACCUAUUGAAUGAGUGGCUCAGGGCUUUUGUUGCUAGAUGGCCUCCACCUUGGCGUCACGGAUCUAAAUGCAACAUAAAGUACAUUGCACAAACACGAACACUUCCACCCACAUUUGUUUUAUGGUCUAAUGUAUUCGGUAGCAUCCCUCACAGCUAUUUGCAACAGAUGAAGAACUCCCUCAAGGCACAAUUCAACAUGUCAUCUUCAACGAUUAAAUUUGUUCUGAGAACAACUGUUAUGCCUAAACCUGGGAAGAAGCUAUCAAAGAGGGAUGUACUAAGGUGGAAGAGAUUAGGCCCGGCUCAGGAAUCAGCUGUUAGCAAUCUUACUAGGAGAUACAGAGUCAAGAAGCUACCAUCCUAA